CGCUACUGUGGCACGGCGGGUCCGCAUGACCUUGUCCAGGGACGUCAGCGCAGCUUGCGUACUCCUCACGCCACCGUUGUUGUGAUGCUUUCAACAUCGCCAGAAAACCAGCAACCGCAAGGAUGGAAAGCUCAGAGGCGCUUCUAAAUUCAUCAAGGGAUGACGCGCAGGUGGAAACCGUCAGCCAUCAACCUGCGGCCAGCCGGCGGUCUGCCCUCUCCCGACCAGAGCACCUGGUAGUGGCGCUCACGUUUGCGGCUGGUAUCAGCGGUUUGCUCUUUGGAUAUGAUACGGGUGUUGUUUCGUCGACCUUGGUCUCUACGGGAACCUCGCUUUCGCACCGCCAGCUGACGGACAUUGACAAGUCACUAAUUACGUCGGCCACGUCGCUCUUUGCCCUUAUCACGUCACCGCUAUCGUCUCUAUUGGCCGAUAGGUUUGGUAGAAAACGAGUCAUUCUAUAUGCAGACAUUUUGUUCGUUGCUGGUGCGCUGCUGCAGGCGGCCGCAUCCGAGGUGUCUACCAUGGUUGUUGGCCGCUGCAUCAUUGGCGCUGGCGUCGGCGCAGCAAGCUUUGUUGUCCCACUGUACAUUUCCGAGAUUGCUCCAGCAGCUCACAGAGGCCGACUUGUUACUACAAAUGUUGUCUUUAUCACACUGGGUCAAAUGAUUGCCUACAUCACUGGGUAUCUGCUCAAUCUGCUCGGUCCACAAGAGUCAGCCUGGAGGUGGAUGGUUGGCCUGGGAGCUGUACCAGCCAUAGGACAGGCAUUGCUGCUAUCUUUAAUGCCCGAGACGCCGCGAUGGCUAAUGAAGGCUGGGCAGAUGGACAACGCUCGUGCUGUGGUUUCCAGUGUUCACACAGCCGGCCAUGACAUUGAUGGCAUCAUGAUGCUUAUCGAGAGAGAGGCAAGAGAGGAGCGCGAAGCCAGACUGACACAGUCUGCGAAUACAUCGAUAGGCAUGGCUACAUGGAGAGAGCUGAUUACUGUGGAUGCCAACAGACGAGCGCUUGUGAUUGCAUGUACCUUGCAGGGCCUCCAACAGCUAUGCGGAUUUAACUCACUCAUGUACUUUUCGGCAACGAUAUUCACCAUGGUUGGGUUUGCCAGCCCCAUCUUGGCAUCGCUGACGGUGGCAGUCACCAAUUUUGUGUUUACCUUGGUAGCUCUGGUACUGAUUGACCGCAUUGGACGACGCAAGAUACUGCUUUAUUCGAUUCCGUUUAUGAUAGCCGGGCUUGUUAUAGCUGCAGUCGGAUUCAUGGGACUUCAGGUGCCCAGUGUGGAAGAAGAGGCAGUUGUCAUUGUCAUGCGGCCGGAGCCGGAUAACACAAAGCCAGCGGCACUGAUCCUGAUGAGUAUUAUCCUGUACGUUGCAUCCUACGCGCUGGGCCUGGGCAAUGUGCCGUGGAUGCAAAGCGAGCUGUUCCCGCUAUCGGUGCGAUCUCUUGGCAGCGGCCUGGCGACAGCCACCAACUGGUCUGCCAACUUUGUGGUGGGCCUGACGUUUCUGCCGCUGAUGACACUCAUGACCCCGCCUCUUACGUUUAUCAUGUAUGCUGCCAUUUGCGGUGCGGGCCUGGGUGCGGUGUGGAAGGUGUAUCCGGAAACCGCGGGGCUGAGCUUGGAGGAGACGACGAAGCUGCUGGAGCAUGGAUGGGGAGUCGCACAAUGAGCGUGCUAUGCAUUUAAAUUGCCAUUGAAAUACUAUUAUAUUCCAUUGU